UCCUUAUCACAUGUUUCUCUUUUUAAAUAUUUUUUGUUUUUCUUCUUGGCUGCUGUCUCUCAUACUGCCUUCUAUGAAGCAAUAACCUCUCUCUUCCUUUCUUGUCCCUCCCUGGUUUGGGAUGUGAGCGAGAAUCACAGUCAGAUCUCAGAAAAUCUCUCAUUCUGCUGGGGAACCUCAGGGACAGAGGAAUUGGCUUCUUAUGAGGGCGUUGGUGGGCACAUCUGAGCCUUCCCUCUGAAGGAAAUUUCUCUACCAAAAAUUAUCAGGAAAAGAGCUGGAAAUUUCCACCUGUCUUUCUCUUACAUCUGUGUAAGAUAAAUAUCUCAUUCUGGUGACUUUUAGUUCCCUCGAUGCCUGCUAUGUGCAGUGCAUUGGGCUGGGCAUGUAAGGGAUACCAAGAUAAAUAAAACAGAUUCUAAAAAGGCUACAGUCCAGUGAAGGAGGUAGGUAUAAAUAAAAACAGAGCGAGAGAGUGAACAAGAAGAAUAGGGGAAAUGCUGAGUGUGGGCUAAGUCAAUUCAGUCAAGUCUCCCAAGAAACAUAGAGUGGAGUUGGCUCCAUCUGAUUCAAAGGUUGGCUGAGCCGACAGCCAGUGUUCUCUGUUGCAGAAAAUCAAGAUGGCCAAAGUUCCUGACCUGUUUGAAGACCUGAAGGACUGUUACAGUGAAAAUGAAGAAUACAGUUCCAACAAUGACACCCUCUCUCUGAUUCAGAAAUCCUUCUAUGAUGCAAACUAUGGCCCACUUCAGGAGGUCUGCAUGGAUAAAUUUAUGUCACUGAGUACCUCUGAAACCUCUAAGAUAGCCAAACCUGCCUUCAAGGAGAGUGUGGCAGUGGUGUCAGCCACAGGGAAGAUUCUGAAGAAAAGACGACUAAGUUUAAAUCAGCCCAUCACUGAUGAAGACCUGGAGGCCAUUGCCAAUGAUCCAGAAGAAGAAAUCAUCGAGAGCAAAUCAGCAUUUUCCACCUUCCAGAACAAAGUGAAAUACGGCUUUACAAAGACCAUCAAAAGCCAGUGCAUCCUGAACGACAUCCUUGCUCAAAGUUUAAUUCGAGACCCAACAGGUCCAUACCUCAAGGCUGCUGCUUUAAAUAACCUGGACAAUGCAGUGAAAUUUGACAUAGGUGCUUAUAAACCAGCAGAUGGUUUUAACAUUCCCGUGACUCUAAGAAUCUCAAAAACUCGACUAUUUGUGAGUGCCCAAGACGAAGGUGAACCGCUGUUGCUGAAGGAGAUGCCUGAGACACCCAAAGUCAUCAUAGAUGAGACCAACCUCCUCUUCCUGUGGGAAAACCAUGGUAUUAUGCACUACUUCAGAUCAAUGGCCCAUCCAGAGUUGUUUAUUGCCACAAAGAAUGAAGAACGUGUACACCUGGCAAGAGGGCAACCCUCUACCAUUGACUUCAAGAUAUGGGAUAACUAGACUCUGCAGUCUGCAUACCAUGAAAUGGUGACAGCCUGUGUGUACCAUGUACAUACGUCCUUUACUCUUACCAUUUGUGGAGCACGGCUGAGCCUUUGCAAUUCUAAAUGAAUGUUUACCCUCUUUGUAAGAGAAGCAGCAAGGUCUAGUGGAACCAACACUAACGUACUACAUUGUUGUUUGUUAUUUAAAGAACACCCUGUACUUUGCAGAGUACUAAUCAUUUUAAUUAUUAUUCUUCAUAAUGGGAGGACCAGGGCUACUGACCAUGGCUACCAAAAAGACUCUACCCAUAUUACAGAUGGGUUAACUAAGGCAUAAGAAAACUAUAAAAUACAAACAGAUGCAGUUGGAAUGAAAACCUACAGACCCAAGAUUUCAUUCCAACUGUUUGUCUUCUGCUUUUAAGUUGCUGGCAGGCCCUUACUCAAAUAGCACAAGUUUCUGGGACCUGUGUUUUUUCAUCUUCAAAAUGAAGGGAAUACAUGUAUUCUUUCUGCCUCAACAGUUUUUUAUGCCAAUUGGUGGAGUCAUUUUGAUAAAACACUUUUUGAAGCUAAGCCUCAGGAAGAAGGCAAAGUAUGAAAUGUUAUUUUAAAUUAUUAUUUAUCUAUAUAUACUCACAUAUAUAUGUAUUUAUAAAUAUAUUUUAAGAUUAUUAUAACAUAUUGUUAUAUUUAUGGCAGUUCCUUGUCUGAGUGUGACCAGACAGCCUCAACAGCUGACUGUUUUCCAGGCCCAUAACUGAGUGAGUGUGUGGUUUAGUUACAUCAGGGCAUUUUGGUCCAAGUUGUACUUUUUCAUAGCUGAAAAAGCUCUGCAUUCUAGUACCUGGAAGCUCUUUAAUUAGGAUAAUACAUUAAAACUAAUAACUUUUGUUUGAGCUGAUAAUUGAACCAAUCUGCUCAUUCUGCUGCCCUUAACCAUGCUUUGGCAUUCUUGGUUCAUUCAAUUAGAACUGUAAUCAAGUCCUACUAUUUAAAAUGGGUUGAACUUAACUUUGGCAACAAGGGGAUCAUAGUUUCCUAGACUUUCUUUUCUGGGAUGUAAUCAAUGUUCCUUCUAGGUUCUAAAAAUUGUGAUCAGCCCAUAGUGAUACAUCAUCAGCAGCAAUAAUAAUUAAUUCACAAUUAUCAAUCAUAAUUGAAUAAAAUGUACAACAAAUCUGA